CAGGGCCGGGCCGGGUAGGGCUGCUCCGGGCCUCCGCUCUCGGAGGAGCGCCGCGCUCGCCCCGGACGCCGCCCGAGCGCUGGCCAUGAGGACGCUGUGGAUGGCGCUGUGCGCGCUGGCCCGGCUGUGGCCCGGGGCCCUGGCCGGCUGCGCCGAGGCGGGGCGCUGCUGCCCCGGCCGGGACCCCACCUGCUUCGCCCGCGGCUGGAGGUUGGACAGGGUCUACGGGACGUGCUUCUGCGACGAAGCCUGCCGCCUCACCGGGGACUGCUGCUUCGACUACUCCAGGGCGUGCCCAGCUCGCCCGUGCAUCGUGGGGGAGUGGAGCCCCUGGAGCGGCUGCGCCGACCAGUGCAAGCCAACGGCCCGCGUGCGGAGGCGCCCGGUGCGGCAGGAGCCCCUGAACGGAGGGGCGCCCUGCCCGCCCCUGGAGGAGAGAGCCGGCUGCCUGGAGUACUCAACGCCUGAGGGCCAGGACUGCGGGCACUCCUUUGUUCCUGCCUUUAUAACUACCUCUGCAUUCAACAAGGAGAGAACCAGACAAGCCGCGUCUCCGCAGUGGUCUACAGACACAGAGGAUGCUGGCUACUGUAUGGAGUUCAAGACAGAGUCCCUGACUCCUCACUGCGCUAUGGAAAACCGACCUCUGACGCGAUGGAUGCAGUAUCUCCGAGAGGGGUACACUGUGUGCGUGGAUUGUCAGCCUCCAGCUAUGAACUCCAUGAGCCUUCGUUGUUCUGGAGAUGGCCUGGACUCUGAUGGGAAUCAAACUCUCCAUUGGCAAGCGAUUGGCAAUCCUCGAUGUCAAGGAACUUGGAAAAAAGUUCGGCGAGUAGACCAGUGUUCUUGUCCAGCUGUUCAUAGUUUUAUUUUUAUAUAGAUUGCAAUAUAAAUAUUUUAAAAUGUGUUUGUAGACAUGAUAAAUAUUCGCAAGUCAUAUUCAAUGCUUCAUAAACCUUCAAAAACUAAGUUUGGUCAAAUUCCCUGAAGACAUGUCAUUGACUCCCUCUAAAGUAGAGAAAGAAAAUUUAGGGCCCAAUUCUCAAGAAACACAGUACAUUUAUUUUCACUAAGCUGAAGACCCACCCUCACGGCUCCUGUGGUUUUAUGUCCUUGACCUUCCACCUGGAGUCCUCUCAUUCAACAAGUGGUCCACGCCACACAGAAUACGUGUCUGUUUGCACUAAAAUCACUACAUUUUAGUGGUCCAGUUAUUGGUGAGUAAGUUAUCAUUUAAGGGUAUCCACACUUUGAAUCUUGCGUUUUUUCUUUCUAUUCCAUAAUCUCUUAAAAACCUCUUAAAUUUAAAAAAGGUAUACAGACAUAUGUACAUUCUCACUCAUAUAUUUUCCAUGUCUUAUUCCAUAAAUUCUGAAGUAAUAAUUUCAAGCAAAUUGUCACUGAUAAUUUUCCACAGGACAGGUUGUUUAAGAUUUAGCAAGAAUUUUGUAAUGAAAAACCAACAGCUAAGAACAAGAAAUUUUCUUCAAUUAAGUGAAAAGCUUCAUCAAAUGUUCAUUCUAGGUCCAUACGAGUUCCUUUAAAUGUUAUAAUUUUCAUGAAGUGGAAUUUGGGCACCAAGGAAUGAAACAAUUGCUUUAAUUAUGAAAAUUCUACCAUCAUUAGCAUCCAAGAUUAUUUCCAAGGCUUAAAGCUGAAGCCGACUAAAAUAACCUUUUAGAGUCCAACUUCAAGUUUAGUUGCAGUACAUUUACUAUUUUUUUCUACAGAGUACAUUUUCUUAUGUUUGGAGUAAUAGACAGAGGUAUAGAUUACAGAAGGAAUGGAUUUUAUUACAAAUGGUAUGCUCUCACACACACAGAGAAGCAUUUGUCUCCUUAUUUUAUGAUCGGAAAAUCAGUGAACUAGAGACGAAGUGGCUUGGUUCAGGAUCUGGAUGACAAGUCGUUCUGCGAGUCAGCCUGAGGCCCGUCUCAGCUCCUCAUCCAGGACUCCGCUCUGAUGAAAGCCUGGCCAGGCCAAAGACUGUGCUGUAAAGGCUAAGCCCUCUCCAUUUUCAAAACAAAUUUUAAAUUCAGAAUAUUUUCUUUGGAGAUUUGAAUCUUGAGAUUUAAACUAUAUGAAACUCCUUUGGUUUCAUUGUAUAAAAUAUUAUUCACUAACAAAUGAUUUAUUAAAAUACAUAUUUCUUGGUACUUAUCAUGUAAUGACAGAAUGAUGAUAGCAAGCUUAAUAGGGAUGGAAAAGUUCCUAAUAUUUAAUGCUGAGAGUAGCAAUAUUUCUGACUAUAUAUUCAUGUAACUCUCAGAGUUGUUUUUGUGGUAAAUUAAAUUCUUCAGAAAUUAAAAAUAAAAAAUUUAAGUCUCAUCAAGGUUAGGAAUUUCAACUAUCAGUUCAGUAUUAACAUUUUAAGACCAUUUCUAACAUUUGUAAAGCAAAGCUUUUGAAGAUAUGCUUGGGUAACUUUCAAUGUUACCUAAAAUUUUUAUACCAGUAAAUAAAUUUCUCUUCACAUUUAACAAAGCUCUUUACUUGUUUGACUAGAAAAUACCCAAAUUUGCUGGACUGGUCAGAGAAUGAACAAAAUUUUACCAAAAAUAAAACCAAAAAACCCUUCAGAAUGGAUAGGCAUGGGUAUGAUGACUAACAGCAAUAAAGCCAAAAUAUACUUAUGGCUCCAAUAUGUGUUAUAACACUUAACAUAUUUGAGUUGUAUAAAAUCCAUUUUUCACCUCAUGUAUUUAGUUUUUCAUGCAUGGCCAUUAAUUACUUUCACACUGAAGUAUAGUCUUGUUAUUUCUAUUCUUGAGAAGAAUUUCACAGGCUAGCAGACUUACCUAUUAAAUAGCGGUCUUGAAGGCUUAUUAUUAACUCUAGCAAAGCCCAAGGAGGCCAUUCAGAACUGAAACAUGUAGUCCAAAUGAUCAAUGAAGAGCCAAAAGUUUUUAUUUUUAAAGUUAAAGAUCAAAGUAGUUAAGACUUCUUUGGUAUUCUUUUUUAAUGAGUACCUUAGAGUCGGGGUCCUUUCUGCAGGCACUCUGCAAUGAUUUAUAGACCUUAGAAUUACUUAAUAAGCUGAUUUUCAACAGUGCAUAUGGAAAGUAAUUUGGACAAAUAUAAAUAUACCCACUCAGGAGAGAAGGGGAAAGGAAUUAGGGAUAGUGAUCAUUUAGAAGACAAAAGUGAAAAAAAAAGAGGAGAAAAAGGAACAAGGUGAACUAUAGUUACAGUAUUCUCUUUUUAGGGUCUUUCUUGGGAUGUUUUCAUUUGAGAAUGUUGUAAUUAAGCAUAAAUAGCAAUAGCAAUAAUUUAAAUUGUUUAGUUCUAUUCUGGCAUAAAAAUUUUAAUUAGCCAUCUUUUCUAGGUGUACAUAGGAACGAUGCAAAAUGAAACUGGUUCUGUCUUGUAAGAAUAUUCUAGUGACGGUUCAUACAAAUAACUACAAGUUGAUUUAGAAAGCAAAGACCUGGACAUUCUGAGGUGUAAGCAAUCAGGUGACGAGCAUAUUGAAAGAGAAGUGAAACUUCUAGGUCAAGGUGACAGAUGGAUACACGUUUACCCUUUCUCUUUCCCCAAAUCCCACUGAGAUUAUAGGAUUCACAAAAGAGAAUAAAUCCAUAACAUAGAUAAGAAGGGGGGGUGGGACUCAACCCAGAGAUUUUGAAGAUUGUAAGCAAAUGACAUUCUACUGAGGGAUAGACGGGAAUGGAGGGACCAUACCCUUUAAAACAUGUAGCAAAGAAGGUGGAAUCAGAGAUGAGAGCCAUUCUUCCCGGGGUGGGAAGAUGAAUUUCCCAAACAAGAUGAAUUUCAAAAAUCCCCACCUUGAGAGACACGUCUGUGAAAUUGAACAUCAAGGAUAAAGACUCUAAACCUUCCAGUGAGAGAAAAACAGAUUACCUACAAAGGAACAGGAAUCCCCAUCUCCUCAGCAUCAGUGGAUGCUUGAAGUCUAAUAGAAUAAAGCCUCCGAGCUGUGAGGGAAAAUAAUUUUGAAACUAGCUUUCUAUAUCAACCAAGCUACAAAUAAAGUGUGAAGGCAAAAUACAGCCCUUCAGAGGUAUGAGGAUUCAGACGCCUUGUUAGAGGGUCCUAAGUAGGAUAUUUUUUUCAGUUAAACAUAGCAGGUUGAGCAUAUAUUUACCUCCUUUACCUCCCAAUUCCCAAUAAAAUUACACUUAAAUGAUUUUUUUUAAAGAGGAAAAAAUAUAAUGAUGAGAUUAAGAGAGAGAAAGACAGCAGAAAAGAGAUGGCCACAGAAUUUUGGGACCAGAAAAGCCUAUGGCUGUCUAAGAAAAGGAGACAAAGCCAGAUACCUACAGGAAUGAAUUUCAGUGAGCAGGUCAUUUACAGCACCCUGGAAAGGCUCAGGAACUAAAGGUUCCAGGUCUUCCUUCAACAGAAUGGUUGACAGUUGCUAUAAGAAAGAGAGCCUUAGGUUCCUCUGCAGCCAGGCAACAGCCUGACAGAAGGUUCACUCUCUGGAAGGGUGUCCAGAUUGGAAACACCAGAAACAGCAACUGAGAGUGGAGACUGAGUGAGUCUCCAUUCCGAAUGGUGAGCCCUGAGUCUCUUCCCCACCUGGUCUGAGGAUGCUACGACUAAGGAUAUAUACUCCCCUCCCCACACCCUCACUGCCACUCUCACCCACUCAGAAGAGUUUGUUAGAUUCCUCUCCGAGGAAGUGGAUCAUCCAAGAGAAAUGACUGUGGGGGCUGUGGAGAGCAGUAACAAAAUGGAGUAACAAAAGUCAAGGCUUCUAAAGUGGGGCUGGGAGGCCAGUAAGGAAACGGGGCUUAUGCAUGCACGCACACCAUGUCUCUACCCAGGUGAAAUGCAGCUUUUGAACUGUGCUUCACUGUUGUCACUUUGUCCUUCUUUCGAGAAACAUGCUUACUACCACAGAUACAACUUUUUGCCUUAGAGAUGGCCUUAGCAACCAAUCACAUAUAGCCAAGAAGUAACAGUCAUUGCCAGCGCCAGUCAGAAAUCUUGCAAAACAACCUGUGUAAUUUGUCUCUUUUUGCCUUUAUAAACCCUUGCCUUCUCUGAAGCACAUUUUGGGUUUCUACCUGAAUCUGUGUCUCCUAAAUUGCAAUUGAAAUUGCCCAAAUAAAUAUUUGCUGUUUAAA